UUCAACACCAAGAUGGCUGACGCUAUGGAGGAAUAUGAGAAAGAAGCUGGCUGCGUCCCCAUUCUCCAUCCUGAGGAGAUCAAGCCCCAACCCCACUAUAACCACGGUUACAGCGAGACUACGAGCCGCAAGAACCACGUGGACGACUACAGCACGUGGGACAUUGUCAAGGCGACGCAAUAUGGGAUCUUCGAGCGCUGUAGGGACCUGGUGGAGGCAGGGUUUGAUGUGCGACAGCCCGACAAAGAAAACGUCACACUACUGCACUGGGCAGCCAUCAACAACAGGAUAGACCUCGUCAAGUACUACAUAUCAAAAGGAGCCAUAGUGGACCAAUUGGGAGGAGACCUCAACUCUACACCUCUGCACUGGGCCACCAGACAAGGGCACCUGUCUAUGGUGGUGCAGUUAAUGAAAUAUGGUGCAGACCCGUCUCUCAUCGAUGGAGAGGGCUGCAGCUGUGUGCACCUGGCUGCACAGUUCGGACACACCUCCAUUGUGGCCUACCUCAUUGCCAAAGGACAGGAUGUGGACAUGAUGGACCAGAACGGAAUGACUCCUCUGAUGUGGGCUGCCUACAGAACACACAGUGUGGACCCGUCACGGCUGCUGCUCACCUUUAAUGUCUCGGUGAAUCUGGGCGACAAAUAUCACAAAAACACAGCUCUGCACUGGGCUGUUUUAGCUGGAAACACAACAGUCAUCAGCCUCCUCCUCGAUGCUAACGCUAACGUCGAUGCACAGAAUAUCAAGGGGGAGACUCCGCUGGACCUGGCCAAACAAAGGAAGAAUGUGUGGAUGAUAAACCACUUACAGGAAGCUCGCCAGGCUAAAGGCUAUGACAGUCCAUCCUAUUUGAAACGACUCAAGAGUGACAAGGACAUCAGGCAGAAAGUGAUGCUGGGGACUCCCUUCGUCGUCAUUUGGUUGGUGGGAUUCAUCGCAGACCUUGACAUCGACUCGUGGUUAAUCAAAGGGAUCAUGUACGCCGGGGUCUGGAUUGCAGUACAGUUUCUUUCCAAGGCCUUCUUUGACCACUCCAUGCACAGCGCUUUGCCAUUGGGGAUCUAUCUGGCCACAAAGUUCUGGAUGUACUGCACAUGGUUCUACUGGCUCUGGAAUGUGCUGCCUUUCGCCACAGUUCACGUGCCGUUCCUCAUCACGACUGUUUUUCUCUUUUACAACUUUGGAAAAUCCUGGAAGUCCGAUCCCGGGAUCAUCAAGGCUUCGGAGGAGCAGAAGAAAAAGACCAUUGUAGAAUUGGCAGAAACAGGCAGUCUGGACCUGAGCAUAUUUUGCAGCACCUGCUUGAUACGGAAGCCCAUCAGGUCCAAACACUGUGCAGUUUGUAAUCGCUGCAUUGCUAAGUUCGACCACCACUGUCCCUGGGUCGGCAACUGUGUCGGCAGUGGGAACCAUCGCUAUUUCAUGGGUUAUCUGUUUUUCCUGCUUUGUAUGAUCUGCUGGAUGAUAUACGGCUGCAUCUCCUACUGGAGGGUCCACUGUGGCACCACUUACUCCAAAGAUGGGUUCUGGCUUUACCUGACGCAGAUCGCCUCUUGCUCCCCCUGGAUGUUCUGGAUGUUCCUUAACAGCAUCUUUCAUUUCAUGUGGGUGGCCGUGCUCAUCAUGUGCCAGCUGUAUCAGAUUGCAGCUCUAGGAAUCACGACCAAUGAGAGAAUGAACGCUCGAAGAUACAAGCACUUUAAAGUCACAGCCACGUCAAUUGAAAGUCCAUUCAACCAUGGGUGCAUGAGAAACCUGAUUGACUUCUUCGAGCUGCGCUGCUGUGGUCUGCUGAGGCCCGUCUCUGUGGACUGGACGUCUCAGUAUACAAUAGAGUACGACCAAACCUCGGGAUCAGGCUAUCAACUGGUUUAGUUACUGUCCCCCCUUCAUAAACAGCCUUUCCAAACCUUGGGAUUGGGCUAUCAACUGGUGUAGUCACUGUCCCAUCCACAAACACAGCUGUUCCAAUCAGAGAAAUAACUUUUGAUUUGGACCACCAUGUCAGCCACACCCAGAGAGGAUAUAGCCAGGAUCGCAUGCUUUUAUGAGGGCGCUACAUUUACUCUGCCCCUUUCUGAUUUGAAUAACAUCACCUCCACUGCGAUUGGUCCUUGUCCCGGAUCUCCCAAUAUGAUUGGACGGUGCUUGCUGCCAUGUUUUUUGAGGAGAAACAACAAAAAGGAUUACAAUAAAACCUGUACAGAAAGUUAUGGAUAUAUUGACAUUAAACCCUUAUAUUAUUAUUUAUGACAUCCCUGGUAAUGUGUAUCAAAAUGAUGGCAAAAAUUGUUAUCAGCUGAUACGUUUUUAAAUAAGGGAAUGUUGAAAGGUUUUGUUUUGCACCUUGAUGAACAAUUAAGUUAGAUUGGUAACAUUAAUGCCAACUUAUGUACUUAGAUAAAACAUCAACUAUAGGACAAGUCAAUUCUUGUUUUUUUGCAUUUUAAUGGUAAAACACAGUCCAUUUUAUGCAGUAUUAACUUGUUCAUCCAUAGAUUUGACUGAAAAUCUUCAAACAAUGUGACAAGUGUAUUUAUUUUAACUAUUUAUACAGUUAUGAGAGAACAUGCUUUUUUUUUCUUUUUUUUUAAAGACAACAUUUUAAUCAAUUUUUUAAGGAACUUGGUCAUCCAGAACGCUGAUAGGAACUGGUAUUUAUUAAAAAAGGUUUACAUGAGCGGUUCAUUCCACAUUUCUUUGUUUCUUCUUGCACUGAAUUAAUUUUAAACAUUUUUUCUUGCCUGUUACUUAAGCAAAGAAGGGCCUGAGAGCUACUUUGACGGACAAAACAGGAAGUGGCCAGGCUGAGGGCUUUGACACAAAAUGGCCGACUGUACGGACCCAGUUUCAGACACAACAAGAAAGACUUUAAUGAAUGUGGAUUUGUAUAUAGAACAAUCUAGAAAUAAUAUCUAAGUGACUCUUCUGUUUCCUGAGUGAGUUUGUUGGUCAUUGUUAGUUGAGGUGUACCUAAUUUAUUGUCAAAAUUAGGAGAUAUCUUUUCAACUAUGGCCUGGAUUCAUGUACACGGGUACUUUAAAUAGAUAACUUUGCAUUAGCUACUUUAGCUGCUAAAAUAUUGCAAGCUUAUAAUCAACAAGCUUGUGUAAAUGCGUACCACAUGAUCAUAGGUUUAAUAGAGCUUCAAUAGAGCUUCAUGCUAUUAGCAAAAUUAUCCAAUAUCAAGUUGCUAUAUAUAUAUACAUAUAUAAAAUAAUUCAAAAUUUCACUGUACUUUUAUACACAGGUUUUCCAGUUAAAUUCCUACUAUAGCCUUGGGAUGGACUGAUACGGAUUUUUAAAGCCUGAUACCGCUAUAUUUGACUUGCUGCCGAUAUUUGCAAGGCCCACAAAUUUAAGUUGAACACAACCAGUCAAAUGUUUGGACACACAUUUAUUUCUUCUUUAUUUCUAUGAUUAUUUGGAUUGUAGAUUCUCACUGAGGGCACCAAAACGACACAUGGAAAGUACUAAAAUAAAUGCAAAAUCACUCCAAACUUGUUUUAGAUUCUUCAAAAUAUCCACCCUUCUUUUUUUGAUCACUGUUUUGCACUUUUGGCAUUCUUUGAAUUUGACAAGGUACAGCUGUGAAGUGAAAACCAUUUCUGGUGAAUGUCAUCUUUAAGGUCACUGAGAGGAGGCCAAUUCCAUUUAUCUUGCACCACAUAUUUGAUGUCUUCUGUAUGUAACCGAAAUGUAGAAAAUGAUAAACAUAAAAAAUACAUUGAAUGAGUAGGCUUGUCCAAACCUUUAACUGGUAGCAUAUAAAUGAUUACAUGUCUAACCAUACAAAUUAAAACUUGUUCAAACUGAAUGGACAGUAUUUGUGUACAUGCAUCCUGGCGCCAUGGUAACUAACUAUACUCGGAGUGUAUGACUGUAUAGCUUUUAGUGAUGUCCACACUGCUGUUAAUAGAGCAUUCUUCAAUUGAAACCACUGCAUGUGAGAUGCUUGGGGUCACUGGGCUUUCUAAACUUAAAUCCCUUUGGUAACAGCCCAGCAAAGCCACGUGUCUGUAAAUAAUGACUGUUUUUCCAAGUGUUUGCCAUUACGUUUUGCAUUGUGUUUUUUUUAAAAGUUCAUUUCCAAUCCAGUGUGUAACCGGUGGUCCUUACGAGUUACGAGGGCCGCUUCAGUCUGUGUGUAAUAUAUUUGAAUGUUCUUCAUAUUUGUGGGCUCUGUGUUCAUCUUUUAAAGGGACAGAACAAUAUUUUGGAAAAUGUGGGUCUAUUGGAUACUUAGAAUGUAGAAGGGACUGGCUAGUCGGGCAAAAAUCCAUUUGAAUCCAGAAGGGUUUGAAAUCGGACCGCAGAGCUUGAAGAACCUGUCGUCUUUCCAAAAGUGUCAUAUAUAAUUCAGAACAAAAUCUUUAACUUCUUUUACCUGAGAUAAAAGUCUGGUGCUUUCAUAGUUGAUUCUGCAGAAAUCUCUGUUGUUUCUCAGUCCCUUUUUUAUAUCUAAGCUGCCAUGUUUAUUUUGACAGGAACUGAUCAUGCUUCUCUCUGAUUGGUUAAUCAACCUGUCAAUCAUGCCCUUUGGAAUCAUGGAGACUGGAUACGGUUCCAGACCCACUCGUUUUUGUAAAGUUUUGUCAAAGCGUGUGGUUCUGGCUGACCAGGUAACUGGGAAUUACUUUAAUAUAGGUUUUUAAUAUUUUUUCCUCAUUUGAAGAAGCAGACAGGAGCAGUACUUUCAAUAAUAGAUUAAUAUUAGUGCAUACAUAUGGGCCCUGACUGCUGAAAGAUUAAAGGAGACCUUACGAAAAAGUGACUUUUAUUAACAAACCAUUUUCUGAGCAAUUUGGGAAAAAUAUCUAAUUGUGAUUUUUCUAACAAGCAUUACAAUUGCAAUUUGUUUUGGGAUUAAUGUUUUAAUAAGAGGAUUCUGAUUUAUUCUGGAUGUGUUUAAAACACAUCCAGAAUAAGAAUAAGAAUUGCCAAAAAUAAAUCUGAAAUGGGAACUCACAAAGUAAUAAUUACAUUUCAGGACAUGUUUGUACAGAUCUAAACUACAGGAUUAGCCAUUUUUAUGCAGAAUAACACAGUAGAUUUUGUUGUUUGCAGAGGAAAUUAUGACACUUCAAAAACUGCGGUCUUUGCAAUUUGCUGAUUAGGUCCAUUCAUAUGUUGAUUUGAUCAUGAUUAAUUUUGCAGCCAGAGUUGAAUUUCUAUUGAUUCUUGCAUGUUUAAUCCUGUACUGUCCUGCAUUUGAGGUUUUCACCUACCCCCUAUCCUCCUGCACUGUACAUACUUAAAAAAUGUCAGACUUCGUUUCAUACAUGUAGGAAUAUAACAUGUCACAACUUUUCAGAGGCCACCCUACUACAAUGCUAACUACUGGCAUUCUAAUGUGCAUUUCCUGAAUUUAGGUGGAUAAACACUUUAUAAUUAGAUACAGACUCAUUUCUACCUUAAAAGCUGCUUUUACAAGAUAUCUGGGGUAAAACAAAUUUUGCUCAACUACACAGAAGAAAACAGGUACUGAAAUUUCUAAAUAGCCCUUGAAAUUGUAACUUCCAUUAUUCCUGCACCUGUCUGCUCCUCCAAACUAGCAUUAUGUUGACUAUUAGGGAAAUGUUACUUAUUGUUACUUAUUCCAUGUAUUUCAUAGAUGCACAUUGUCAAAAGAAUUCUGUAUCCCUUUAAAUAUUUCUCGUUUUUAUGGUUAUAAAUUGCUGGGUUUGUUCUACCACUGGAUGUGCAAUGUGUAAAGACUCUAGAGAACUAAGGCAGAUGUCAUUUUUGUUUUUCUAAAGCUGAAAUGUGAUCAUGCAAUAGUAAUAACAGGACAAACGGAUCCACCCCCUACUUUUGGAAGUAAGUUUCCCAUUCAUUUUUCUCAGACUGUCUGGAGGGGGGAAAAAAAAGUUAAGUUUUAAAGCUCACUAUUAAGCAGCUCUGUUUAUUUCUGAAACUCUAUAAACCACUAAGUUACUGAAGCAUUUUGCCGAAUGUUGCGUUUUCGAUAUGCUUUUUGCAUUAUAGAUGUGGAAGUAUAACAAGAUCAUGGAAGAUGUUUUAUUGUUUUCAAUAGCCUGUGCUCAUUGGCACAAAAUGCCAAAAAAGAUUUGGUCUUUCGCAUUAGUUUCUCAGUAUGUGCUAGCUCUUCCUACCUGUGUGAUGUCAGAAACGUGUACCAUAUAAUCAGUUCUGACCAAUCAGCAAAGGGUUAGGCUAAAUCUUACAAACUUAACUUUUAGGCAUUUUGAGGAUUUCAAACUAACUUUCUAAAAAGUUCAUGUUGUGAAAAUAGAUAAGAAUUCCUACAAAAUCCAGCCUUUGUGAAAGCUGUAGGUCCCUGUUAGUUGAACACAGGCACUUUGAAUUCCCCCAAAAAUGCAUUGUGCUCUAUGGGAGGACUCUUUCUGGGCCAAAGCUCCCUGAAUGCUGCAGUACCUGGUGCUUGGACAGAGAGAGACUUUUUUUAUCCAGUCCAUAGUUAUGGAUAUUAAUUAGCACAGAGCUGGUUAGGCUCUGCGAUGCCUUUGAACUCCUGAAUUUUUGAAAAAUCUAUAGGAAAAAUGAAUGGAAAAUUUACUUCAGAACCAGAGUGGACUUGGAAGUGGGUGGGACGGUUGAGCUUCACUGAGCGACUCCUUUAAAUGUGGGCAUCUUGUGUUUGCAUCAUCAGAAGGAGCUUAUGAUGUUUUAUUUCAUUAACAUCUCAUUUAUCAAUCAUUUCACUGCUCCAAAUAAGCCAUUGAAGCCUUGCAAAAAUGCUAUAGUUUGGGAUUUUUUUUAAAGUAGACUUGAGCUGUCCUGAAUACAUUUGGUAGAAUAAUUUCAAAAUGUAUUGAUUUAUGCAUAAGUGACCAAGCUAAAUUAAAUUGAAUUUUAGUUAUUAAUAUGUUAUCAUUUCAAAGCCAAUCUUUAAAAUUUUUAAAGGGCCCAUAUAUAGCAUAUAUAUGCUAUUUUGUUAUGUUUUCUCAUCACAAACACACCUGGAGUUGUGUAUUGUUUCAUUCACACGUUUAACACACAAACCCUGCAUACUUGGGGUGAGUUCUUCCCUCAAACAGAAAACACUAUGUUCCUCCUUGUGAUGUCAUGUGGUAAUACAGAAAGUGCUCCACUGUGUUUUUCAACUCUAACUAAUUUUAGCUCUGGAAAUAGCAAAAGACAAAGUUAUGGAUCAGACCUGGACGACUGAGGGUUUACACAGACUUCAGCCCUGGAAUUUCCAAUCUCUACAAAACAAAAGGUAAAAGAUAGCUAAUAACUUGAAAACUACUGCUUCAUGAGAUCACAAGGUGGAACAGAGCAUUUUGAGCUAAUCCCAAUAAUCAAUGAAAAUGAAAACACAACUCCAGGUAUGCUUUUGAUGAAGUAACAACAUAUCAUGGCUUAAAUGUCAGAGAAUAUAUCUUGCACAUUUUUACCACUGUAAGUUAAUAUUUUAAACUGAAAUCUACACUGACUAAUGCUCUCCUUAUCUCAAAUUAACUAAAUGUAUUUUAAUUCUCUAAAGAUUGCAUAUUUUUGGAAGACUUAAGGUGCAUAUGACAGGUUAGAGUACGCAUUUCACUAAAACAUCGUUAACAUCUUUGUAUUAAGAUCUGAAUCAAUAAUUUACCUAGUUUUGUCAAGUUUACCUAGUAACCAUAAUUCUAACAAAGCACCAAAAUUAGAUCUAAUUGUCUCUGCAUUUUAGAUUGAAUUUUCCAUGAUGAUGACAUAGGCAGGAUUCUGUUUUGGAACUGACAACUACUUCCUGUAUUUUUGUACUUUUCUUAACUGUUUUGCCACCAACAGCCACUUGACUGAUGUAAAACUAUGACAAAUAUUUACCAAAUAUAUCCCAGCAAACCAAGUCAGAAUUAGCAAAGAAAAACAAAAAAAAACAAACCCAAAAAACAAACAACCAAACACCUGUCAUAUGUACUUUACGAGAACUAGCUUGGCCAACUGGGCAUUUAUUGAGAAUUUAAGAAAUUACAUGUAAGCCUAUGUCUAGCCUUUGAGCUAUAUGCUAACUAGCCACAAUAGCUUUACUGCAAAAAUCCCAAAAUGGCAAAUGCAAGGUCAAACAUGGCUGUGAAAUUCAUAUCAUUUAAUAUAAGCAGUGACUGAUUAUUCAAAUUAUUGUGUUUUUGGCCAAUAGAAAACUUGGACCAUGUUCUCCAUCGCACUCCCUUUUACACUCCAAAGAAGGCCCCUCACACUCUACAUAAAUACUAUAUAAUAUAAAUACUGAUCUACUACCAAAAUAAAGCACAUCAUCCAUUUGCAGUGCCUCUGCCACAUCCAGUUCACUCCCAGUACUCCGCUUCAGAUGUAAACAUG